AUGUUCAAUUCUGAUAUGAAGGAAACGAUUGAGGGCGUCUUGGAGCUGCAGGAUGAUGCAGAAGCCGUGAAAGCGAUGCUACGGUAUAUCUACAUGUCUAAAAAAGUGAAAGGAAACAAAUUGGCAAGAAAGGUUAUUCAUCUCGCACGUCGUUACGAAAUCAAUGAACUCAAGGUGAGUAUUGCGUAAUACGGCUGGUUUUUUUUCUGAUUACAAGUUCAAGGACUUUGAAGAUUUGGAACCCAAAGGUACGAAAGUCGUGAAAACGGACAGACCCAGGAAGCAACAACGACAGCUGCCAUUGGUCCCGCAACGAAAACAAUGCUUCCGAAUCCCCAAAUACGUGGAAGAGAUCGUUGGAAGGAAGUCAGUUUGGCGGGAGAGAACUCACGUGUCGGUUGUAUUCUGUAGUUUGGUGUUUGUGGUAUUUUUGAGGAUAAAGUAUUGUUGAAUACUUGGCUGGGGAUUGAUUGGAAAAGGGUCAAGAGGACCGUUGGGUAUUUGUGAGGUGCUUUCGGUGAUCUGUGAUACCGGAAGAGCACCUAUUUGGCGGCCACGCCGUCGAACACUCGUCUUCGGUUCGUGGAUUGAUCGCUCAAGCGUUUUGCCUCUGAGCAAACGGAUUUCUUCGAGUUUUCCUCGUUGAAAGUCCGGCAAUCGAACUCUCGAUUGUGAAUGUGUCUGAGCCGUUUUGGCAAGAAUAUUCCGUGUACCAAAUUUCAGCCUUCUAGCUCAAACGGCUAGCGGGAUGUUGAGAGAUAAAGCAAGCGCAUUCCGAAAAAAAUUGAAAAAGUUGCGGAGAUCGGUUGUGCCCCAAAAGUACAGAAUGUCGUGUGACGCAUUGGAAUUGGAAUUCUUUCUUUAUUUUCUUCAUUUUUCCGGUCGUUGAAAUGUAUCCGAACAAAAUUUUGCUGAUUCCUUUGAUCGGUAGGUGGAAAAUGCAAAACUUUUCUCUUUACAUUGAAGCAUACAUCACUAGUCGCUUUAAUUAGCAUUUUUUCAGGCAUCAUUCUACUUGUGGUCUAUAUUUCGGUUCCCUGGACUUCUUCCUCAAUUCCUCUCAGCAUAACGCAGCAUGAACUGUGGCCUUUUGCUCUAGAGCGAGCAUGGUCGUCCGUCUUCCGGUAUGAACGACCAUUGGAUCCAUUUCUGGCUAAUCUAAUGGAAAGCGGGCUGUUGAAAUUGAAAGAUCAUCAAGUGGAAUAUCAGAUGACCAGGCCGAGCAAGGAGAAUGUUUGCGAUGGAGUGGAUGCGGUCGUUUAUAUCAUGACUAUGUUGACUACGGACGACACGGAACGUCGGAAAUUGAUGAGAAAGUUGUUAUUCGACAAGGCAAGGAUUUGUGACAUUUCGUUCAAAAUUUGUGACAUUUCGUUCAAAAUUUGUGACUUUUCGUCCAAAACUUGUGACAUUUUGUUUUUUUCCGUAUAAAUUGAUGAUUUAUCAAGGGAAUAGGCUGCAAUUGCCACUGUUAGGUAGAGUGAGACCUGUUUUGUCUGUUUCUAACUAUAAGAAAAAAAUUGUAAGUUUUGGAGUUUGUUUUGGACAGAAAAUUUAUAUUAUCCAUGAUGGAUAAGAUGAUUUUUGUCUCAACUUAAUUCUACAGUAUUUUUUUGGGUUAAUAUUGCAUAAUUUGGGUCUGACAUGUCUUAUCAACCAUUUGAGAGUUUUUUUUUAUAAUAAUUGAAGUUUGUUUAAACCAACUAAAACAGUUCCGCACCGUGCAACGCAAAAAAGAUCCCUGCACCGUGCGUUUGGCCCUUAUUUGCCCUUAUUUUUAACGCAUUUCCAGGCAAAUCUCCCCUCCAACCACAAUGUUAUUCAUCGUUAUGUUGUGGGCAGAUACCCGGCGAACCGAAAAUAUCAACAAAAUUUGAUCGACGAGAUGAAAGCGCAUGACGACAUUAUUUUUGUCAAUUACGAAGAAGUGUACGGCAAGAACUACAUCAAAUGGCAUGCAAUGCACGAAUGGCACAUGAAACACUGCCCGCAAGCCAAGACUUUCAUCAAAAUCGACGAUGAUACCGCGAUUUAUUUGAAGCGCACUUUCCAAUGGCUGGACCGCGAUUUUGGAGGGAUAAUUAAAAACACGACCGAGUAUUUUGUGUGCAACGCACUUUCGACUGAUUCAGCGCCCAGUAGAGCAUUACAUUCGUGA